AGUCUCUAAUAAGAAAAAUUGCCAAUAUUUCACUUCAGGUUUUGGAAGAAGGUGCUGAAUAUGCAGUCCAUUCAACUUGGGAUCAUGUUUAUUGCGUUCCUUUUACGGUCCUGUUCUUCUCAGGUUGACUUUGAUGCCAAUUCUUUCGUCGAACCUGUUGCUUCUACUGAAAUUGGUCGAUUUUGCCAAAACGCAAUUUUCAUCUCUUGCCAACAAGUGAACGUGGACCUGAGCGCAAUUCGAAGUGGCAACACCCUGACUCUUCCCGAAGGAACCCAAGUCCAACAAAAGAGCCUUUUUCCUGGAUCUGAAAACAAUUUGGUCACGGCAUUUUAUGACUCCCAAGACCAGAAGGCGUCCUUGACCAUCACAUUCAGCCAGGACCCUGAUACGGUGCGUGUAUCUGGCGUUAUCCGGGUCGAGGAUAAGGUUUUCAAUUUGGUUCGUUGCUCAUUGAACAACCAUGCUUGCGUUGCCUUGGUUGAAGAGGAGGUCAAACAUCUUGAAGAUUCGGGGCAUGAACUCGAGGAUUUAGAGGUACCGCUUGAAAGACCCGUUGAUCGUUCUACGGGAACGUAUCAAACCGAUAGUGAUGGGAACAUCAUAGCCACUGUGAAGGUGUACUUCACUCUUGAGUUUGCUAAAAUAGAGCUGGAUAUUGUUGGCUAUGUCAAUAACAUGAUAGCCACCGCCAAUGUUGGUUAUAUGAACUCAAACAUCCCAUUUCGAUUGCAACUUUGGUGCGUUGAGCUCCUGGAAGGAGUCGACGAGAGUCUCCUGAUGCCGCAACUUUUGCCAACCCUGACCACAAUCAAAGGAGACGUUACUACUCUGCUUGACUCUGCAGACUUUGCUUUCGUUCUAUUAGGUGAACGUACAGACUAUUGCGGUAGAGCAUACAUUGGAUCUUUGGCCUUGCCCAUAAGUAUUGCUCAACAUUCUUGCGCAAUAAAUAGCUUUUCUUUCGGUCAUGAAAUUGGCCACAACUUUGGCUGCAGGCACAACCGAGAGUCGUACCAGACUGGUAGCAGUCUUCCUGGUUAUGCUUUUGGUUAUUACUUCGCCAAUGCACCAUUCAGAACGGUCCUCGGAAAAUUGGUUAGCGGUCGCACUCGAAUUAAUUACUUCUCUAACCCGAACGUGAGUUACCAAGGCCAUUCUACUGGAACCAAUGCCUCGGAUUGUGCCCGACAGAUCUUGGAAAAUAGAAUUGCAUAUGCCAGCAUUGGAUCCGAGAGUCAAACAUGUGUGACGGCAACUAUUGAUGGAGGAUGGACUGAAUGGUCAGAAUGGUCCUGCCCAGCUGGUUGUGGCCAAUCGGCUGCCAGCCAAAGAACCCGGGACUGUAUCAACCCACCCCCAUUGAACGGAGGCUCCAUUUGCCAAGGACCUGACUUUGAAAUGGUGAACGCCCCUUGCUCUAUGCCAAAUGCUUGUAAUUGCACCAAUCUACGCGACAAUUCAUAUUGUGAGGGAUUUUCAUGGGCUUGUCAAUCAACUCCAAGUAAUGUCGCCAUUAUGUUAAAAAAUUGUCGAGACACGUGUAACUUUUGCAUUGAUGGCAUUGAUGGACAAUGGUCUGUGUGGUCUGAUGACUGGUCUGAGUGCAAUUGCGCCACAGGGACACGUUCUCGCAAGCGGGUCUGCAACAAUCCCGCUCCAUUCCAAUCCGGACUCUAUUGCCUUGGAAAUGACACUCAAACCGAGGCAUGCACGGGAACCAAUUGCUCUACCUGGUCUACCUGGGGCGAAUGGGGUGAUUGUCAGUGGCCUUGUGGAGACUCCUUUCGUAAUCGGACGCGAUCUUGCUCGACCACGGAAUCCAAUUGCCAAGGGUCCUCAAUGGAAGCAAAGGCGUGCAAUGAAGCUCCUUGUGAUCCCGAUUGCCAUGAUACUUAUGGAUGGCAAUGGGGAAGAUGUGAAGGAAUUGCUCUCAGGAAUUGGUGCUCUCAUUUCGAAAGUACUUGCCACAGGACUUGUGGCUCAUGUCUCUGGGCUCGUCCUCAAUGCAUCGACUUUUUUUCUAAUUGUGAAGACGCAGCGAAUCCAACAGCUUGCGCUGGAGACCUGGGGACUUCCAUGGAUAGCGGUUGCAGGGACAGUUGCGGCCUAUGCCCGGUAAACGGUGGAUGGUCGAACUGGGAGGAGGCAGGACCUUGCACCGAUGGAACCCGUCUCAUGACCCGGACUUGUACUAACCCUGCCCCGGCUCAUGAAGGAGAUUUCUGCCUCGGGAAUAGCACGUCAAUUGUACCAUGUGCAACUUAAGGAUAGAAGGUUAUAUAAAGCAAUAAAGUGACAGCAUGCCACGUACAA